GUAUUAAUGCAGGCUAGUCAAAACAAGAUGUCUGCGCCCUGGUAAAAAUUUAGAAAUGUUAUGUGGCAUAUAACUUUGCGAUUUCUUCCGACUGGAGGCUGAAACUACUCUGUAACGAUGGCAUUUUUUCUUGACUCUUUUGUCAUGUUCAGUACCCAGAUAUUGUUUUUCUUGGGUGGUUGGAUUUUCUUCAUGCGCAAGCUGUUUAAGAACUAUGAGGUGCAUCAUGGGAGUGUGCAGUUGACCUUUUCUGUGACCUUUGCUCUUUCCUGCACGUUGUUUGAGCUCAUCAUCUUUGAGAUUCUCGGUGUACUGCACUCAGAUUCAAGAUUCUUCCACUGGCGCAUCGACCUGUAUGCUAUCCUGUUCGUACUCAUUGUAGUACUCCCGUUCUACAUUGCUUACUUCCUAGUCAGCAAUGUUCCCUUUGUUGUUAAACGUCGCAUGACCGUUUUCUUGACGGCAGGAGCGUGGCUCGUCUUCAUCUAUUUCUUCUGGAAGCUGGGAGAUCCUUUUCCAAUACUCAGUCCAAAACAUGGUAUUCUUUCUAUCGAGCAAGUGAUAAGUCGAGUUGGAGUGAUUGGUGUCACCUUAGCGGCUAUUCUCUCAGGAUUCGGAGCUGUCAACUGCCCAUAUACCUAUAUGGCCUACUUUACAAGGCCUGUUACGGAAGCAGACGUUCACAAUCACGAUCGCAAGUUCAUGCAGGUCAUGGAUAUGAUUCUCACCAAGAAAAAAAGAUUAGCGAUUGCUGAGAGGGAUGAACUGCAGAGGGCUUCGACAGCUCCUAGACCAAGUGGGAUCUGGGGCAUGAUUAAGAGUGUCACAACAUCCAACAAUGCCAAUGUGAGUCAACUACAGCAGGAGAUCAAGGGUUAUGAGGAGUUGUCACGGCAACUCUAUAUUGAGCUUGUGGAUCUCAAUAGCACUAUGGAAAGGAUUGAGUAUACCAAGACUCUGAAGGGCCAAUUCUUCAAUUUAUCAGGGUACUUCUUCUCACUCUACUGCCUCUGGAAGAUCACCAUCUGUACCAUCAACAUCAUCUUUGACAGGGUCGGAAAGACGGACCCUAUCUCAAAAUUCUUUGAAAUUUUUGUCGGUUGGCUGGGGUUCGAUUUUGAUGUGAAAUUCUGGUCUCAGCAAAUCUCGUUUAUUGUUGUGGGAAUCAUCAUCGUUACUCAGAUAAGAGGCUUACUCAUCAAACUCACUAAGUUUUUCUAUACGAUGGCUAGCGCCAAGUCUUCCAACAUCAUUGUCCUCGGACUCGCUCAGAUAAUGGGCAUGUACUUUGUAUCAUCCGUACUCUUGAUGCGUAUGAACGUGCCACCCCAGUACCGCAUGAUAAUCACGGAAGUCCUCGGUGACCUCCAGUUCAACUUCUACCACCGCUGGUUCGACAACAUGUUCUUGAUCAGCGCCCUCUCCAGUAUCGCGUUCCUCUACCUCGCGCACAAGCAGGCACCGGAGAAGAGCGUCGGCGGUUCUUGACGAUCGACGUUCCCCUUAAAUGUUUUGAAGCGCGGUCUUCUUUGAUGUGUGAAUCUUCCUGGGCUAGAGUGUUUUUUGUACACACAAAGCAGUUGCUCAGGUUUUAAUGUUCAUAGUGUUCACACAUACUUUUAAAUUAUUUAAGAUACAGGU